AUGUCUUCCGCUCCUUUCCUUAACGCUCUCGAGGUCCGUCGCUCGCAGUACGCCCUCAGCAACAAGGCCUCCAUCUCGGACGCCAAGAUUGAGGAGAUUGUCCAGCGUGCCGUCACCCAUGUCCCCUCGUCGUACAACACCCAGACCUCGCGUGCUGUCGUCGUCCUCGGCGAGAAGAACGUCCAGCUCUGGGAUGCUCUCUGGGAGGCCCACAAGGCCAACCUCCCCGCCGAGCUCCAGGAGACCUUCAAGGGCAAGUUCGACGGCUCGUACAAGACUGGCUACGGCACCAUUGCUUUCUUCGAGGACCAGGCCGUUGUCGACGCUACCGUCGAGGCGCAGCCCGCCCUCGCCGGUAUCUACCCUACCUUCACCCAGAACACCGCCGGUGCUCUCCAGGUCAUCGUCUGGACUGCUCUCGCCAACGAGGGCAUGGGCGCCACCCUUCAGCACUACGGCCAGUUCGGCCCCGCCAACGCUGAGGCCCUCGCCAAGUUCCUCGACAUCCCCGCCUCGUGGAAGUCCACUGGCCUCAUGCCCUUCGGUGUUGCCGCCGAGGGCGCUACCCUCCCCGAGAAGGCUUUCCAGCCCAUCGCUGAGCGUGUCAAGGUCGUCGCUUAA